AUGAUAGACGGUAUAUCGAUAGAUAAACCACAAAGAUUCAAACCACUGAAAGAAUGCAGAAAUGAUAAUAAUGUUGAAAAUGUAAAGUCUUGCCUGUUUGGUUUAUCACUGUUGAUUUCUGGUAGUGAUGAAUUGUGCUAUUUAUCAAACUGUUCCAAUUUUUUGCAAACAGCUUUAAUCAGAAGAUCGGAUUCAACUUUUCCAAUUGCUUUAAUUGAACGUAUCAAUUCUGAUUUUUCCUCUCUACAAUUAGAACAUGAAAGUGAAUCUCAAAAAUGGAUAAUGACUAGCUUAAGUAUAAAAGAUAAAAAUAAUUUGAAAGUUAACCUCUAUAGUGAUUUUGCGAAAGGGCAUUUUGCUAAUUUGGAAAAGAUAACUUCUGAUUAUGCGAAAUUGUACAGUGAAGUAGUGGUCAUCAGUGGGCCAAUUUAUGAUUUUGAUAAUGAAUUUUUUGCUAAUUCAUCGAAGACAGCAUCUGAAUUGCGCUUACAACGUAAUACAACACCAAGUCAUAUUUUUCGUGUAAUAUUUCGAUGUAAAAACUCACAAUGGUUGGAGGAUGAAUUUCAAUGCGAGAAUGCUAAAUCAUUGGAUGCGCUAUCAUUCAUUUUACCAAAUGUACCAGAUGAUUACAAUUGUUUGGAUUCAUUGUCUUAUUUAGCAGAAAAUACAGUCAGGCUACGUGAUAUUGAAUUGCUGACUGGAUUGGAAUUUCUUCCGACUUCAUGGAUCCCAGAAGUUGAGCUUUAUGACGAUGAAUUCUCAAUAACCUUGCGAACAAUGUUGCCAGAAGAUUUAUGGUUGGAAGAAGAAUUUAAACGAUAG